AUGGAGAGCGCGUCCUCCAAGCGAGGCAGUCACACGCCGGAACCGUCUCGGACCAAGAAGCGCGCCAAAUAUACCCAGGUCGCUUGCAAUGAAUGUAAGCGACGGAAACUGAAAUGCGGCGGCGAGCCCGUGUGCUCGCGUUGCCUUCGCGACAACGUGCGCUGCGUGUACACCCCCAAUGCGCACGCCGUCGCCAACACGGCGUCUCCCUCGCUGGAGGACCCCGUGAAAGAUGACAGACUGUCUAGUCGACUGCAGACUGUCGACCAGCAAAUCGAAACCCUACAGCGAGAGAUGCGUCACAUGGCCGCUCGCCUCCGCCAGCUGGAAUCAACCUCGGUGGCCACGCCUGCCAACAAUGCCAGCAUUCUCACCUCCAUGUCGACCACCUCGUCUACCUCGGCCAACGUGGGUCUCCAGCGGAUUCUAAACCGGCCCAAAUCCCCCACCUACGUCGGUCCUACCAGUGCGGAGUUUGGACUCACGGGGCGACAGAAGCCAUCCGAGGACAGCGACGGUGAUGCCGACGAGUCGGACUCAGCAGCAGCCCCUAGUCCGGCCCCUGCCCCGGAAUCCGAGGCCGUGCCUGGCGAUUCUCUUCGAUGCCUGGGUCUGACAGAGACGCUCCGACUCGUGACGGUCUACGAACAUACCGUGGGCCUGAUCUAUCCGUGCGUGGACCUGGAUAGUGUACGUGCGUACGUGGUCGAGUACUUUCGGGAUGAGGGUGAUGGGCCCAAUGCAACCACCCCCAAUGCGAAAGACCAGGACUGGUUCUUUGCUCGGGAUGCAGAGGUGCUGAAGAUCAUUGUCGCGACGGCUUUGCUGGCGGAAUCGCACGGUCGCAGCGAACGAGCGGCGUGGCUGGCGGACAGCGUCGAGGACAAGUUUGCGACGCGGUACAAGAUGCCGGAGGUGGACAUGAAAGAAUUGCUCAUCCUGACUCUGGUGUCGAUCUUCCAUUCCUACCGCGACGACGAGGUCAUUGCCUGGCGGACCAUCGGCUCUGCGGUCCGGGGCUCGGUCCAGCUUGGAUUGCACUGCCAGGAGACAUGGCUGAAGACCGGCGGCGUGUUCCCGGGCGAGUUGCAUAGAACCUGGGCCAGCCGACUGUUCUGGUGCAUCUACGUGCUGGACCGGAAAUGGUCGUUUGGCACCGGCUUGCCAUUUGCCAUCCAGGACUCGGACAUGGAUACCAACCUGCCCGAGCCGGGCACUGCCACGCCCUACUUGACCUGCAUGAUCUCGUACGCACGACUCAGCUCCAAGAUCUGGGGGUUGGUCGUGGGCUGGCGCACACGUCCUCGAGCUGCCACCGCCGACUACUGUUCCUACCUCGACUUCCAGGUCCAACAAUGGAUCCAGUCCAUCCCGCCGGAACUGCGAUUCGACCCGUCCCAGCGAUCCUCAACUGGCUCCAAUCCCCAGGCCGACAGCAUGAUGAUGCUACAGGUCUUGCUAGCGCUCCAAGCCAACCAGCUGCGCAUCCUCGUAUACCGGCAAUACCUAUUCAACGCCGAGAGCAUCGAAGAAAGUGUCCCGAGUGCGUCGAUCGCCGUCGAAACCGCCAAAACUACCGUGCACAUGCUCGACUUCUUCAGUCGGGUCUCGGAUAUCUACUUCCAACGACCCGAGCCAUUCAACUACUUCCUCAUCUCCGCCCUGGCGGCGCUGUUCCUCGCCGUCCUACACUCCCCAUCCCGAUUCAGCCAAGUCUGUCGUCCGGAAUUCUACAAAGCCGUCGACAUGGUCCGCCGAUCCUCCACGCGAUCCCGCACCUCCCGUCGCCUGCAGAAGAUCAUCCGCAGCUUGAAACUCAUCCGGCUGAACCUGGGCAGCAAAUCGCCCGGGCAAACCAAUCCAACCCUCCAGCAACCAUUCCAGCACCCCAAACUACCCGCAGCACCCACCUCUGAGGCCGAUUACUCCAUGUCCUUUAACCCCAUGGAAUCUCCGUACCCACAGCACCACCACCACCACCACCAACUAUCAAACCUCCCAACUCCACAGCCAUCCGCUCUCUGGUCAUUUGCGACACCUACGGACGCCGCACCUGUCGAUCAGAAUAGCUGCGAGGAUCUCACGAGUUUCUUUGAAAUGGCCGGUGGGUUCUACUUUGAUCCGCGCACGCAGGCCGAGGUCGCGGAGGGGGUGGUGCCUGAGGCGGGGACGGACGGGGCGGGGAUCGAGGCGUUGAAUGCGGAGGAUGAGGCGCUGACGAGGGUGAUGGCGGGUUUGUUAUGACACAGUAGGCUUUCUUCGGCUCGAUGAGUCUUCGUGCCAACUGCCAAGGGAUAGUUGAGAAACCAGGAUGUGGGGGGCGCCACUCUUCCUUCGGACCUGGGCUUCGCGUCUGCAGUGUGCAG